UCCAAACUUGUCAUCUCUGUGUGACACAAGCCGCGUACAACCCAGCGGAUAAAACCGCCACUUAGCCCACAGGAGAGCUAGAGCUUGUUGAGUGCGGUUGGGGUUAGAGCGAAGUCAUGGAUUCCGUAGUCGUCCAGCUGUGGGCUGUCCUCUGUCUCUCGCUUCACCUUGCCACCGGCAGUCCCAUCCUGAGCUUGGAGCACUCUUCCUUGGAGGAAGAUGUGCCUCUUUUCGACGAGAUUCUCUCUGAGCAGGAUGGCGUUGAUUUCAACACGCUGCUGCAGAAUAUGAAAAACGAGUUUUUGAAGACAUUGAACCUCUCUGACAUUCCUCUGCACGAGACGGCCAAGGUGGAUCCACCAGAGUACAUGCUAGAGCUGUACAACAGGUUUGCCACUGACAGGACAUCUAUGCCAUCCGCAAAUAUUAUUAGGAGCUUCAAAAACGAAGACUUGGCUUCCCACCCUAUUGGUGUUACCGGAAUUCGGAAAUAUCCUCUUCUGUUCAAUGUUUCCAUCCCUCACCAUGAAGAAAUCAUCAUGGCAGAGCUGAGGCUCUACACCUUGGUGGAGCGGGACCAAAUGCUCUAUGAUGGGCUUGACCGGAAGGUCACCAUUGUUGAAGUGCUGGAAGAUGACCAUAUGGGGGUAGGAGAAGAGAGAAAGACAGUGGCACUGGCAUCCAGGCAGAUCUACGGCACGAGCAGCGAGUGGGAGAGCUUUGAGGUCACUGAGGCCAUCAGGCGUUGGCGAAGGGCAGGGCUGACCACACACCGGCUGGAAGUUCAUAUAGAGAGUAGGGAAGGGGAGGAGCAGAACGGAGAGGGGAAACUCGACAUCGACAUCAACUCUGAGGCUAAGCAUGUGCCCCUGUUGAUUGUGUUCUCUGAUGACCAAAGCAAUGACAAGAAAGAGGAGAAGCAAGAGCUGAACGAAAUGAUAGACCAUGAGCAGCUCCUGGACUUGGAGAACCUGGAGGUUGGCAAUUUCCACGGCCAGCCUGGUGAGGAGGCGCUACUCCAGAUGCGCUCCAACAUAAUUUACGACUCUACUGCCCGAAUCCGGAGGAAUGCAAAAGGCAACUACUGCAAAAAGACUCCGCUCUACAUAGAUUUCAAGGAGAUUGGCUGGGAUUCCUGGAUCAUCGCCCCGGCAGGAUACGAAGCUUAUGAGUGCCACGGAGUGUGCGCCUACCCUUUAACAGAGCAUGUCACACCAACGAAACAUGCCAUUGUCCAGACUUUGGUUCACCUGAAGAAUCCCCAGAAAGCCUCCAAGGCCUGCUGUGUGCCCACCAAACUCGAUCCCAUCUCUAUUCUCUACUUAGAUGCAGGGGUGGUCACCUACAAGUUCAAAUACGAAGGCAUGGUGGUAUCAGAGUGCGGCUGCAGAUAGUAGCAGGGAAUGCAUGCACAGGGGAUUGCACAGGGGAGGUAUUUAAUGAUUCAGUCUGUAAAUUUGUACAUUUCGGAUUUCCUAUUUAAUAAGGUUAUUUAAAGAGGCAUGUACAGAAAAUUGUAUGUUUCCUGUUACGGGGAAUGGGCAAGUCGUACGACUGUAGGGAAUGUAUAUUUUGUUCCAUUGCUUGCUUCUUGCUGUUCUUUGAUGUCCAAAUUAUGACCGAGUCUCUCUUCUGAUCAGGGCAUAGAGCAGAUCACUGGAUUUUUUGGGAGGGCUCUUCGUGCCAAGGGGGCACAUUCAAAUUCACAGAAAUAAAAGCAUAUUUUUGUAAUUUAUAAAUGUUGAUUGGCAUCUGUAGGGAUUUCCAGGGCUACUAAAGAUAGGUGAACUAUGGGCAAUACACACCCAGAUUGUUUAGUUUUGUGUAAAAUCUUUAUAAAGAUCUUUACAUGCUCAGAUAUUUUUUUAAAAAACUUAACUCUGUAGAUCUUAAGUCCUGAUAACUCUCAAGCUCCUAAAUCACUAAGGCACAACAAGGUGUUAGACUUUUUCCCUUUUCCUUAAUCCUUUCUUUAAUCUUUCCCUGGCUCAGCGGUAACUGGCAGGGAUGACCCAGCACUGGGAGAGGAAGGGAUCCGUUCCCUUCCCCCUGUUUCUCAGCAAAGUGAUGGGCCUGGGAGCGAUGCCCAGCUCGUGCCACGCUCUGACCUGCAAUGACAGAGAUUCCCCCUCUGUGUGUUUAUUGCAGAAGCCCCCCGUGGGGAGCAGCACUGGCCUUGCUGCCUUGGCCGUGCGUUGUCUCUCAAGGGCCAGAGCUUUAGGUGGCAGAAAUAAGUGCGGUGAAUUUCAUGAAUUUUUGAAAUCGUACCACUUCAUCCCAGCUGAAAACUAGUCCCCGUACCCAGUCCAGUAGGUUGUGCACGACACGGCUAAUCCAGUUCAGGUGGCCAAGUGGUAGCAUUGUGUUUAGUCUGCAUAGAGCUAGGCAGAAAGGAAGCCCCUUUGUGCCAGCAAGAUAGAGAGGAUCUUUCCUUUAUGCAUGUGCUGAAGUUGUCAAUUCAUAAAGAUAUUGCCCCCCCCACUUAAACUAUAUAUGAUGGAGUCACAUGCCAUGUUUCCACCACUCUUCUGCAACAAAUCAGGAUGAUAAGAAGGUGUCGGAGCUGAGAAACAAUAGACCCGUCACUUUAUUUAUACUAAGCUGCAAAUUUGUCAGAUUCUUGGGAAAGUGUAAGUGACGUUGACUCUUUUAGCCUGUACCAGAGCCUACCGUACUGUCCCUGCAUCUGUUUUACACUUUUAAGGGAAAGUUAUCUUCCCUGGAAGUGAUAAGGGUCUUUGAAAGAAUCACUCCAACACUUCAUGGGAAAGAACACAAAAGACUUUUAUCAUGCACCAACUAAAACCAGUUUCACCUAUUUUCACACAUACUCUUCUGUGCUUCCCAUAAUUUAUUGACCUAUUUAUUGACUGCCUGCCUUUGUAAUAUAAUGUAGAAUACAGAAUGUUUUAUUUUUGUGCUUGUGUUGUAAUCCCACUUGGAUAAAGCCUUGUACUGAUCCUAUUUUACAUGGAAUCUCUCUGUUGAGUUGCGCUGCCGCAGAGAUUGGGUUUGCUGGUUGUUUUUCCCCCCUUGAUAUUUGUAAAUACCCUAUACCACACUUCUCUCCCUUUCUUACACAACUGUGCACUCCCUGCAGUGAUUUAAAUAGCAUUCUGGAGCACAUAUAGUCUUGCCCAGCCUAUAACUACUCUUGCAGGGCUAUCACUGCUGUGAGUGGCCAGCUGCGUGGUUUAUUGCAGAAUUAUGCCGUCUCCACUCGUGCUGUGUGUUUCCAGACAGUGGGCUGUGCCGUGAGGCUGCGUUGCUUUCUCCCUGCCUCCGGUCUCACAGACCUUUCCCCCCGGCCACGCUGCGAUGGCGGGCGGUGGCGAACGGCACGCUAAAAGAAUCCGUCGGAGGUGUGAUAUCUCUCUCUGCUGACACGAGCUGCAGCAGCCAACGGUUGAAGUGUGACCGCACAGAUCCUUUCAAAACCAUCCACGAUUCUUAUGAAGCCAUUUGCCAAGACAAGCCAUUCACCUUGUUAGGAGUGAUAAUCCAGCAUUAGGGAGAUAAUCCGACAUUUGCCUUUAUCAUCUCUUUUCUGCGACUGUUCCCGUGGCCGUGCUCACACCAGCGUGCUUCUCACACCACGGUCCUUCACUGAACAGAACCAGCACUUCUCAACAGCCUGUAGGGCAGCCUGUGCCUUAAAAAUAAGAAGUAGCCCACUGCAAUCACCCAUAAUCACUAUAAAUUUUCAAGUGACCACGUAGCAAAGCAGAGGGACUGCCUUCACACCCUUUUAUUGCCAGAGC